AAAUGCAAAGUUUAGUACAUGGACAAAAUGCAAUACCGCAAUCACCACAGGCUGACAUAAAUGUAUUUCUGCAACAGCAACGUUUACAAAUUUUGAAGCAGCAACAACAACAGUUAUAUCAUUUUCAGCAACAAAUGCAGCAGCAACAACAACAGCAACAAAAUAAAGAUCAUUCUGGUAGCUCAGGUGAGCCAUUAGCGUUAACGCGCACCCCAGCUGCUGCGGAAUUGCUUAGUAAAACUUAUCAACAACAUCAUCAACAACAGCCGAAUGGUAGUUCAACUAAUACCAAUUCUGCAAUUAAUCAAUUUCAACAACAACUACAAGCAUUGCAACCAAAUAUAAUGCAACAAUUACAGGCCUUUCAGAUGCAAAUGCAGCAGCAGCAACAGCAACAACAGCAACAUUUUACGCAACCAACUCCACAACAACAACAUCAUGCACAACAACAAGCACAAUUACCGAUUCCGCAACAGCAAUUGCAUGGUCAAAAUCAACAACAGCAAAAAGCUUUAUCUGCGGCAGCUGUACAGCAGUUGCAAACCUUACAACAAUGCUAUUUAUCAGCAGUUCAACAUACACAACAAGUUGGUUCUAAUAAAAUUGGUGCAACACCACCUCCACCUCCUCCACUUACCAAUCAAAUGAAACCGCCCAAUUUACCACCAAGUACUCAAAUUACACCUGUACUUGCAAAUACUGCCGCAAAUAUUGGGUGUGGCUCUUUGCCAACUGGAUCAAUAUCAAAGAGCCCUUCAAAUAUGCCACCAACAAUUACUGGAUCUUCAAAACAAGUAGCGCCAUCCAUAUCUUUAUUGCCAGCAAAACAUCCGGCAACGUCUCCCACGCCAACAGCAGCACAUCAACAAAAUAAAUUCGGUGCUGGUAAAUCUUCUCCCAUAAUAAGUGCUAUACCGCCACCAUUUCCAUCGCACCAUCAAAAACCUUCAAAUACAACUGUGACCCCCGUACCGACCACUUUAAGAACUGGUACAAAUCCAGACUCAACAGCAGUGCAGAAUUUACCGCAACGGAAUCCUGUAUCACUAACGAAACAAACAACUUCUACAACAUCAUCAUCUGGUAAUAGUGGUACUAGUAUACCUCAAACGCCUGUAGAGACUUCAGUACAACAUACUAUUGAGCCACUUAACUCGAAUCAAAUUACUCAGCCUAAAUUUACCCCAACCACAGUUGAUUUGCCCUCGACUAAUAAGAAUUUAAAAUCUCCAUCCUUGAGUGUAAACAACAAAAAUAAUGAAAGCGAACAUUCUGCUACAAAUACGCCAGUUGUUGAGCCUCUAAUAAAGGAAAAAGAAGCUCCACAAACUGCAGAUGAUGGCAAAACUGAAAAUGUUCAAAAACCAAUUAUAUCAGAAUCAAAUGAAAAGAAAACGAUGGAUGGCACUGUUCCAGGUUCUUUGGAUUCUGUUGAAAAUAAGGAAACUGUAGACAAUACAAGUGCGCAAUCGGCUGAAAUAAAGAUUACUAAAAAUAACUCUAUCGCAAAAGAUAUAGAAAAUGAAACGAAAAACAACAAUGAAGAAAAUAUAAAACCUACUGCUGACGCACCAAAAUCUUGUCCUUCGGUUGAUAAUAAAGACGAUGAAAAUGUUAUUAAAGAAACGAAUAAAGUACCAGAAGAAAAACAGGAACAAAAGUCAAUAGAUGCUGCAGAUACUAAAACUGAAGAUGAAAUUAAACUUGCUGCAGGCGGUUCAUCUGAAGAAAAAGACAUUGGCGAUGUCACAGCUAGGUUAAUAAAAGUAAAUGACGAAAAACUUUCAAAAGAGGACUUGGAGAAAGCUGAUAAAGAAAAUAAUGAAUGUAAAAAAGAGAAAGAUACGGUCAAUGAUGAAAUCAUACCAAACGAAGUAGAAACCAAUUCUGUUAAAACAAGUUUUGUAAACCAAAAAGAUGAAAAAGCGAUUGAGGAAAAGGUGGAACCACAAACAGCAAUCUUGGACUCCUCUGAUAAUAAUAAAUCUUCAGCAGUUAUUUUACCUAAAACCAAUGAAAAUACUGCAACAAAUAUAGAUACAAAACCUAUUAAAAAACCACUACGGCAAUCAAAAUCUGUUAAAUCAAACAACGUUUCAAAUGUACAGUCACCUAUUGAAAAAACACCAGAAAAAAGUGAAAAAGCUUCUAGCAGUCGUGCAGCAAGGGAAGACAAAAGAAAAUUAAAAGUAGAUGUCAACCCGAAUGAUGUUGUGUCAACAUCACCUUCAACGCCUGUGGAAACAAAAAAUACUUCCAGAGAUCGUAAAAGUCAAAGACAUCGUCUCAAAACAAUAUUAUAUCAAAGUCCAUUACCAGAAUUGGCUUAUAUUACUAAACUUUCCGCCAGUGAGGCAUCAAAUUCACCAAAGCCAAUGUCAGUGGAAGACAAACUUAUUCUAUUUUACAAAAAUGAAUAUAUGGCAGUUCGUAAUGCAGAAGGUACAUUUUAUCUUUGUCAAACAAUGCAAAAUGUGUAUCGUUCAUCGCCCCGUAUCAGCAUUCGUUGGUUGUCAGAGGAUAACAAAGAUGAAACCAUCUACAUACCAGAUUUUUACGACCAUACAGAUCGUGAAUGUGUUUUAACUACCGUUGAAUUGAAAAAACUUGAUAAGGGACACUUACGCUUACCUGAAGAAGAAAGAACACGUAUAGAAAGCAUACUUAAAAAGGCCCUAGAUGUAGAAAAGGGUAUUGUACCAAGACCAGAACUUUCAGAAGAGAAUCCAGAUGGACUUGAUAUCUCAUUAUAUAAAGAUGAAUCUCAAAUUGAGAAAAAAGGUGGAGGUGGUUUAUUAACAGUUGCAGCUGUGCGUAAGUCAAGACGCAGUAUCAAUAAUGAUAGCAUCGGAACAGGAGUUGCAUCACCAACAGUUGGUAAAAAACGCAGUCGUGGUAGUGUGAGUGCAUCUAUCGCGAUUUCAAAAAAACUAUCGGCUAAAAAGCGAAAAUCAAUAAGUAAACGUAAAAAAAAAUCAAAAGGUUCAGAUUCUACUGAUGAAGAUAAUGAUGACGAAAGUUCAGAUGAGAGUCCAUCUGAUAAAGAAUAUAAACCAAGUCAAAAAAAGUCAAGUAGUGUAUCGGCUUCGAAGUCAUCACCACGUGCACAAAGAUCGCCUUUAGCUAAAGCAAGAGCAGCUUCACCAAUUACCCCAACAACAUCACGAACUAAACAAGGCUCUGAAAAGACCGUUUCAAGUAGUCGAAGUGAUCGAGCAACAAAACGAAAAUCCAUACUAGAUGAAAGUGUAGAUUAUCCCUCACCAGCAAAACGGGGCACAAAUUCUAAUACAAAAUCAGUAAACUCAAAGAAUAGACAUCCUGAAACUGACACAGAAGCACAGAACAAAAACUCGACUAAUGAUGUAAAUAAUUCAGCGACAAAACCGCAUUCACCAGGCGUAAGUACAUCAAAUGCUAAUGCAACUGGGCAUAAUAGACAUACUAGAAGUCGAAAAUAAAAUAUGAUGAGCAAUCAUUGAAGAACAGUAGUUUUAAUAUUCUAUAUAAUAAUUAAUACAAGAAUUAGCUGCUGACAAUUAUGAUUGAUAAAACUGAGUUGUUAAUUUCGAUCGAAAUGUAUGAUUUUUUUUUUGUUUAAUUUAAAUUUAUAUUUCAAUUCUGUUUUUGUUUUUUUUUGUUUAAUUUGAAAUUGCAUUUCAAGUAUUUUUUUUUGUUUAAUUUGAAUAACAAUUUAAGUGUUUUUUUUACUUUAUUGGAAAUUGCAUUUCAAUUUUAUUAUAUUAUGGUACUAUGUCCAUAUUGAUUUUGAAGACUCAGUCUGUUAAUAUAAUUUUAUAAACUCUAUAAAUUAGUAUAUAGUAGUAAAUCAAAUAUGUAAUAAUCAUAUAUACUAUUACAAUAGUUCAUUGUAUAUAUGGAAUUCAAUUAUUUGUUUAAUAUUUUAAAUUGUUUUUAAAUUAUUACUAAGAAGCAAUUUGAAUUUCAAAAUCUUAUGAUCAGCCAUUAUAUGACUCAAUUUUUAUUAAAUUUUUUUUAAUAAUUUUCUACGUAUGAUAAUACAUACACAUUUUUGAUAAUCUUUUACUUUUAUGCAUAUUUUUAAAAAGUUUGGAAAGUAGAUACAAAAUAUUGUGACUGAAAAAAGCACAUAAUUUAAUAAGUUUUUAAACAACGUCUUCAGCUUUUAUAUUGCAUCGCUUAGCUGCGAAAUUUGUUUUAACAAAUUUGAGUUUUGAUCGGCUACAAUUAGUAAUAAAUCUCGUCAAAGAUAUUUUAAAUUCUUGUAAUUCUCGUUAACGUUCCGGUCGACAAUUUAAUAUAUAAUUUUAAUAUGUUUAUUUGUUUCAAGUAGUCCUAUUUUAAUGUAUUUGUUUUUGUAUUUAAUUUUUGUAAGAAAAAUAUUCAUAAUUGUAAACAUGUAUUUACCUGAUUGAUUUGUAUAUUGUUUUAUUUGAUUGUAGAAACCUAUUGCAAUUUUUACAUAUAAAGUUUUAAGUUAAUUUGUGACUAAAAUGAAAUUUUAUACAUAUAAAUUAUGUAUAACAUAUAAAUAAUUAUAUAUACA